AUGCUUCAGUAUUUAUGUUCAGAUGCGACCCCCCUAUCUGCCAAAGAUAUCCAGGAUAUUAUUAAAGCUAAAAAUUCAACGAAUCGGGCAUUAGAAGUUAUGGUUAGUAAAUACAAAAUAUCAACAUGGCGGGUGUAUCAAAUUUGGAGAGGAGCUCACCCACUAAUAGACCCUAAAGAUAUAAAAUCACUAUCAGAAGAACCUGGUUCAUAUCAGCAAGCGAAUCCUGUGAAAUGCAAUGUUAUUUCUAGGACACCAAUGAAUUCAGAAGGUUUAAAUAUAAAUGAUGAGGAGUUAGGUGCAUUUUAUGAGAAAGAAGCUAGAAGAGAGGAAAUAAAUAGAGCAGAAAUGAAUAGGCGUCUAGCUGUGUAG